UCACAAUAAUAGGUAUAUUAAAUGGAAGCAAGUCUUGGACCAGUAGUUGUUAAUUGUGUUAGGUAGAAUGUAGAACUAUUAAGUAAAGAAUCCAGUCUUGUCCAAACAAACAGAAAUAUUUUCAGGAAUUUAGAAACUACAUCAUCGUUGUUCUUAAACGAGACUCAACAAAGUUCAGUAGAUAGAUUUUGAAAGAUGGAACCUCAUAUUGCUCUACUUCCAAGUGCUGGAAUGGGACAUUUGAUGCCAUUCCUUCGCCUCGCUGCCAUGUUAGCUUCUCGUAAUUGUAAGGUCACUUUACUUACUGCCCAGCCUACUGUCUCUGCCGCUGAAUCUAAUAAUUUGAAUAGCUUCUUUUCUGCGCAUCCACACAUUCAACGCCUUGAUUUUCAUGUCGUUCCCCUCCAGACGUCCAAUCCUCACGGUGAUCCCUUCUUUCUCCAGUUUGAAGCUAUCAUUCGCUCUGUUCAUCUUCUUCCUCCUCUUCUAUCUUCUUUAUCUCCACCCAUCUCCGCUCUUUUUCUUGACAUUGCUGCUGCAACGUGCGUCGAUCAGCUUGCUGAUCAUCCAUCAUUGUCUAUAUCCUACUACAUCUUAAGUACAACUUCUGCUAGAUUUUUUUCUCUUCUUACCCACCUACCUCACUUGACUCUUGAAAGCAGUUGCGAAAACUUGAAGCUUCAUGGUUUGCCCUCAUUUUCAGUAUCGAACAUCCCUCCUCCUUUGUUCAAUCCACAGAAUCUCUUCACAACUCAGUUGAUCUCAAACGCACGAGCUAUCUCCAGAGUUAAAGGUGUUGUUUCCAACACGUUCCAUUGGUUUGAGGCGGAGACAAUUGAAGCCCUCAACAGUGGCAAGACCUCUAUUACUCUUCCUCAGUUUCUGCCAAUUGGACCUUUCAAGCCCUACGAAGACCCUGGAAAAUGCGCUUCCCUUUCUUGGUUAGAUGAACAACCUGCCAAAUCAGUUGUAUAUGUUAGCUUUGGAAGUAGAGCAGCUAUGUCAAAGGACCAAAUAAAAGAAAUUGGAGAAGGAUUGUUAAAGAGCAAGCAAAAGUUCCUUUGGGUAUUAAAGUCCGUCAUAGUUGAUAAAGUAGAGGAAACAGAGCUACAAGAAUUGGUAGGACGUUCACUCCUCGAAAAAAUAGAAGAGAAGAAACAGGGGAUAGUUGUUAAAGAAUGGGUGAAACAGGAAGAAAUUUUAACACAUCAUGCAAUAGGAGGAUUCUUUAGCCACUGUGGUUGGAAUUCAGCUAUGGAAGCAGCUCAGAGAGGAGUACCCAUGCUUGCUUGGACACUUAACGGGGACCAAAGGUUUAAUGCAGAGGUGGUGGAGAAAGCAGGGUUGGGGUUGUGGCCAAAACAUUGGGGUUGGCUGGGCGAGAGAUUGGUGAAGUCGGAAGAGAUCAAAGAGAAGAUUGAAGAGCUAAUGCAAGAUCACAAGUUCAGGUCCAUGGCUCAGAAGGUGGGCGAAGAGGCCAAACGGGCUUGGGAAAUUGGUGGUACAUCAGAAAAAGUUGUUGGACAAAUAAUUGAAAUGCUCAAGCUCAAAGUUUGAAAUGAUUUAUCUCACCUAA